AUUCCCUUAGGUCCCUGAAACCUUACAUAGUCCCGUUGACAUAUUUUCCUUUGAAAGUCGACCCUCUCUUUGUCUCUCUACUAUCUAUCUCUUGGACACUUUCUUUGGAUCAUCAUUUUAAUCAUUGUGGACUAAAUUAUUAAGAGAGGAAAUGGGUAUAUUUCCUGAAUUUGGCUGGAUCAGUCAGAACACUCAACAGCCUCUUAAGGCUGAUGAGUCCAAGAGGUCUGAGAAUGUGAAGUCUAAGUCAGGGUCUUCAUAUAUAGAUACUAACGAGGAGAGAGAUGAGAUGAAGGAGCAGUUAAAACUUUGGAGAGAAUCAGAGAAGAAGAAACAAUGGUACGAUCCCCCUCCUAAGGUGAAGGUGGAAAGAAGAAAUGAUCUAGAAUGGGGUAUGUCCACUAUAGACAUGGAAUUUACAUUAGGGUUGCCUCCUGAAGCAGCCUACGACGUUUUAACUAAUCCAGACAACCAAUCAUACUCCAGAAUAAUCAAAGGACGCCAACUUCUGGAAAACAUAUCAAGAGAAGCUGUGUCACCCGAUACCGGAAGGGGACAGAUCGUGAACGCGAAGAAAGCUGUGGGAUGGAACUUUCUUUAUUGGUCUGGAGCUAUCCCAAUAACUACAAGUUUCCUUGAACACCGACAAUUCCUUACUGUACACUAUACGGUAAAGAAUAAGAUGUUCAUAGAUAUGUUUGAGGUCAGUAUAAAUUGGAGCCUUUAUACGUUGAUUCAGAACGCUUGUGCAAACACAAAAAGCCGGAGAGCAGAGAAGAAUACGAAGAAUGUAGUCGCAGACAAGGCAGGAUUGCGACGAGAGUGAAACUGGACCAGAUGUUUAAGCCUUCUUUUCUUUUUAAUCUGCCACCGAUUUCUUGGUAUGUUCGUCGGAUCACCAUCAAGAUC